AUGCGUUUCCUCCCAGUUGUCGCUGUCGCCCUCGCCACUGGCGUCCAGGCUAGCCCCGUGCCGCAGACCACCGGCUCGCAGAUUAGCACUGCGCAGUACGGUCAAGCCAUCGGCUACGCCGUCCAGGGCGCCAUUGAUGCCGUCAAGGGUAUCAAGAACUGGAACAAGAAGCGCGAGUCCUUCGUCAAGGCUGUCGUUCAGGGCAUGUGGGACCGCAACCCGGACAGGAACAGGGCUCCUGCUGCCAUCUGCUACAACAAGGGCUACGACCUGAAGGUGCCCACUGGAAUGUUCGGCCUUCGUGACCAGGAGGUCUCGUCCGGUCCCCUGAAGACCGAUUAUGAUUGCUUCUACAUGACCGGCAACAACGCUUUCUGGUCGCGCGGCGAUGGUGGUAGCAUCAACCUGUGGACCAUGUACGAUGGUAACCGCUGCCGCUUCGAUGACCAGUCGGAUCUUUACUGCGACUAA